GAGCCCUCAUAAACAGGUAAACAACGGAGAUGUACAUACGUGUACGUUGCGUUGGUUAAAUCUUGUAAUUUCAUAAUUUGCUUUUCAAUUCAAAAGGAAAUAAUUAUUUGUUAUAAUAUCUGAGCAUCGUUUAAAAAAAAAAAAAACUUUCAUUUAUUUAUUUUUCUGAUAGCUGAAUUUUUUUGCAUUUUUAAUCAUCAUCACGAGAAAAUGCAGACUUUCACAAUCUUGAACGUAUUGCUGAUACUAUUGACGUUUAUAUCUUCAUCUUGGGGUUUGAAAUACUCUUUCACCAACGAUACAGAGGUGGUAAUUUUCGUGAACGAGACACUAAGAAUGGAUUGUUCCAGUGACGAAGAAGUAGAAUGGAGAGUCCCAUCUACAAGUCAAGCAUCAAUCAAAAGAAUUUCAAGUAACGUGUCAAGUAUUCUUAUCAACCAAGCAGAUAAAUCUGAUGAUGGUGAUUAUAUAUGCGGAUCUAAAAACAAUUCGGAUCAAUUUGCUCGGAUACAGAUUCGUGUUGUAGGUUUAAAAUGUUCUUUCGUCAACGAUACAGAAAAGCUUGUCAUGUUGAAAGAAAAAUUCGAAUUCAGUUGUUCGCACCCAGGAGGAGUAGAAUGCAGUAUUCCUUUUAAGAGCAAAGCAUCAAUAAAGCAAGUUUCAAUUUUCGAGGAGAGUAUUACAUCCGAUGGAGCGAAACUUUCAGAUCACGGCGAUUACGUAUGCAGAUCGAAAACCGACCGGAAUGUAUUUGCUUUUGUAUCCCUCCAAAUUGCAGCAAAAUAUGUGAAUUGUAUUCGUUGUUCACCUUUUAUCAAUUAGUGAUGGAGUUUCAUUAAGUAUUGUAAUUGAAAUUUUACAGCAUUAGAUAGGUAGAUAUACUUGCGCAAAAUUUUUAUUCAGUUUUCAAUAUUGUAGCUAGUUAUGAUGUACCUAUUUAAAUAGUAGUAGGCUCAUAGCUAAAUUAAUGGAUAUUCAAUAAAAAUACCAUUUGUUCAUUAAUUCUUGUAUGUUUAUUUGAAUAUUUUACUUUAUUGGGUAAGUUUUUAUUCAAUUUGAACUUUGGAAGUAUUGUUCUUAUGUGUAUUGUGCAUGUGUUUUAAUAAAUAAAUAUUUUUAAAAUUGAAAACAAAAAAAAGAAU